AUGCCUGACACCGAGUCUGGGCCACAAGACAAGCAAUUUCUGGUUGGCGACGAUGCAUUGACGAAUGAACAAAUCGACGCAGUAAACCUCCAAAUGCCAGAGAAAACGGCGAUCCAAAGCACACAGAAGGAGAGUAAUGAAAGGGCGACACUGCUCCAGAGAGCCCAAAGACUUUACAACAGGGUCACCACAUUUGGAUUUGGGAGAAGCCCCUGGCUGUUCCAGUCGCUAUCAUGUCUCCUUUCCGUCACGCUCUUGUAUUGUUUGAUCACGAUAGCGCUCACAUAUGGGAAUCGACCCUUGAACCAAUGGAGGACCACCAUGUUUUCAAUGAGUGCCCUUGUCUCUGUGCUUUCUACAGUUAUGAAGGGGGCAUUAAUGGUACCACUCGCAGAUACAAUUAGCCAGCAAAAGUGGUCAUGGUUUCGUCAGCCACUAGAAGGAAAACCUUUCAAGGAUGUCGAGCGAAUUGACAGAGUGUCAAGAGGAACAUGGGGCAGCUUCCAAUGGCUACUCAACUCCCCAAUGGCGUCCAAGAUAAUCAGUUUAGGGGCUUUCCUUACGAUUUUGACACUUGCUUUCGAUGUGUUUUCACAACAAUUCAUAAGCAUUGAUAUUCGAACAGUCCCAGACCAGCUUGGGACAGCGUACUUUCCGUGGGUUUACAACAAGACAGAGUACGAUCGACUCGCUUGGCUUGGAGCGAUGUAUAGUGGCUUCUUUAGCCAUGAAGUGCGGGAUCUUGCGGCGACAUGCUCAUCCAGUAACUGCACCUGGUCAGCCAUCUCUUCCGUUGGUAUAUGUGGUGCCUGCCACGACGUGACACAUACGAUGCCAACGAAUUGGAAGCAGUGUGAUGAUCAUCAAUGUCAAUACACUGGCACAUUUGUCUACAACGAGUCGGACCAUAUCGAUGGAUCAGGAGGCCGGAAUAUCUGGAUAGCGACAAAUUUGACCCUCAAUCACGAGUUCAACGUUACCGAGCCUUACAAAUGCCAAGAGUUGACGCAGCUCAACAAUGCAGCGUCAUUCGCAGUCGGCAGAGGCGAUGACAGGCUAUGGAAACUACUGGGAGUGUACCCCUACAUGAAUGGGUCCAUUGCUGAUGGCGAUACUAUGGAACCCAAAUCGAAUAGCUUCCUAAAAUCGGUGGAAGUGAUCGAGGUGCCGCGACUUGGAAGUGAUGAUGAGGGCAAUUGUCUUCUCAGCCAUGGCACAGCAGCAACCGUCACCCAAUGUGGCCUGUGGUAUUGCAGACAUGAUUUUGACGCUCAAGUAACUCUGGGCAUACAGAAUCAGACCAUGAGAGAAGGACCGCCAGCUUAUAGUCCCGACGGCAGCAAUGUAGAGUGGCUUAUCCCCGGUCCGGCCAAUACAACCCAUCUCCAUGUCGCGCGCAUCGGAUCAGAAUUGGAUCUGAGCCAUUAUCUGACAGGCAAUGGAAGCACAUGGUCCGUGAGCACAAAUAUGGGUGCACAGGUCUGGCAAUCUAAUCGCGAGGAUAGGGACGCAUGGAUUUCUAGAGUGGCAAAGAGUUUGUCCAACGAAUUACGUUCUCAGAACAAAGUUUCUAUGAGUAAUGGGACAGGGCAAACUCUGUUGGAAGAGGCGUAUAUCAAGGUUUCUUGGCCUUGGAUCGCAUUUCCCACUGCCACUGUAGUUGCCGUGGUAAUCUUAUUUGUGGUGAAUGUUGUUCACACUUCGCGAUCAGGAGUACCAGUAUGGACAAGUGGCUCGAUUGCUCUUGCACUGGCAGGAAUGGAUGGAGGCAUCAGAGACUUGGCGAAAGGCACUUAUGAUUCAUACCAUCAAAUGAUCGCCACGGUUGGUGAUUUGCACUGGUUGCAAGAAGCCCCAGAUCAGAAGACAUUUGUCCCCCAAUAUUGCAGAUACUCCGGAGAGAUCCGCAAAGACCUAAACAUCAAACAGACAGUCGGCCGCGCGCUUCAAUUCGCUAACAGCUCGCCCAAAGGCCCUGUAUAUGUUGCUGGAGCACGAGAGGCUAUGGCCGAGCUCAUUCAGCCAUAUGCCUUGGACCAAAACCAAUGGGGCCCCAUCGGUCCCGGCGCCCUCCCUGAAGAGGCUAUUCGUGACAUUUCUCAUGCGCUUGUUUGUGCCGACUCUCCUCUGAUCAUAACGGGGUACUCUGGUCGCGAUCGACAAACACCAAAACUUCUCGUGGCUCUCGCGGACCUUUUCCCCGGUAUACGCGUGCAGGAUGCGGGAGGUAGUCAUAUGUGCUUCCUUUCUCCCACAUUGCUUCAGAGGGCUUCUGUCUUGCGUCAAGUGAUUCCGUCCAACGCGCAGACACAAUCCUUCUACUUGAUUGCGAUGUUCCGUGGAUACCAUCUCGCAAUCCACCUCAGAAGCACGCCAAAAUCUACCAUAGAGAUAGCGAUGGGUAGAUCCAAUCAAUAG